AUGCAACAACUUUUGUUUGACCUGGACAACGCUCUUCUCGAAAGUGUCCCCGACUUCUCUAGCGUCACUGACGAAGAUGCCCGGAAUGUUCUCGAAAACUAUUUCCGCGACAUAUAUGUCAAGAACGCCGCCGAGUACGGUCUCCCAUUAGUUUCUGUCACCGCAGUCACCCAAGGCAAAGACGAUUCCACGCUGAAAUUGACUGGCUUCGAGACUAUCGUGAACCCUCUCAAGGACGGUAGUGGCAAUCCACCUCAGAUCCAACUGAUAGCCAACCCAGCAGAGAGUGGUGACUACAGUGGCGCUGUAGCCAUCAACAGGGAUAUACUUGCCCAAUUCCUGGCAUCCAAACUGGAAGAAUUGGCUGCUUCAUUAUGUUAUACAACAGUAAUUCACACGGAUCACAUCGAGCUUAUCGGUAACGGGACUCCCAUAGUGACCCUACCCCCUUCAACCAGCAACACGAUCCAUCUGGAUUAUAGCCCAAGCAAUAAAGGACCUCAAGCUAUUACCCCUGGAGAGAAUUUUCCACUUCCUAUCCACGUUACCACUCAAGUGGAUACCAAGUAUGCCUUGGAUGUUUUCUUCGAAGGGACUUCCCUUACGAUCACUCAGCACUCUCAGAUAUAUUACUCUUGUACUAUGGAACCGACCACUCUAGGAUUCCCUGGCUUCGGAAAUUUCGCGUGCGACAUGAGUAUUGUCGAUACGACAUUAACCGAUACCUAUGCCAUGUCGGUUGACCAGUCUGGUAGCUUGAUUUUAGCCAAGCCAGAUCAGAAGGAAACUGACCAGUCGGACAACGAGCCUAGAAUACGUGGGGGUGAUAUGGAGGGUGUUUUGUGGGACUCUCUGCGUACCUGCUUGGCCGAAGUGUUUGAGAAUAUACGAAACGACUUUGCACGGUCUUCAGCUGGGACAUUACAUGAGCUACAAAUCAGUACACUGCAAAACUUCAUCUUUCCUGGUGGCAGAGUUUUCACCUACAAGGAGCCCUUCUUUUCCGAUCACCAGGACCUGGUGUGCAAGAUCACCUAUCUUGACCCUGAAGAGGAGCCGCAACAUAGCGAUGACGAAGAUGACACUUCUGACUCCGGGUCAAAUAGCCCGAUUCCUCCACCAGAAGGCUGCUCCAGUGGGAGGCUUUCCGCGACCUCGGAGUUAAUACAAAAUUACGUGCAAGGGGAGAUCGUUUCCCCGACAGACAAGUUUGAAGCCGUUCAGAAUUCUGAUGGGCAUUCGCUCCUCUUUAGCUGUGACACAUUGGGAGUGUUCUGUGCCAUUGAAGAACAGAGUGGUAGUUCUCACACCGGAUGGAAGAUCCAUGAUCUGUCGACAGUGACUAUACAUAGCCAUUUUCCAGGCGAUUUGGCUAGCGCCAAGGUCCGCACAUUUGACGUUGGUCAGAGCGCCUUGGAUGGAACCAUUGGGUUGAUGAUGGCUGUCAAUCUAGAUGGCGCUGAUCACUUGUUCAUGUCUUUGGGCAACUCGUCUGAAAGUACCUCUUGGGUCGAUGCACCAACAUGGAUCAACGUCCCCUUCGACGCUGCAAAUGAGAAACUCAACAACGUUACAAUUACUGGAACUAUGUUUGCUGAGACCACGGACGGCGUCCAGUACUUGGUGGUAGACAUUGAUCGCUACGGAAACACGGCCGACCCUCAUAUAUCCCGCUAUCACAUAGAUCCCUCUCGAAGCAAUUGGCACUACUGGGUCAAGCACGACGUGACAGUUGACAUCUCGGCUGGAAGGUACCAGAGUGCGGUUGGUCGAGUCAGUGGAAAGCAUGUCGAUGGUAUCUACACCGCUGGAAAUGCUGGAGGAUCGGCACAGCUUAUUUACGAGCCCAUUAUCAACUGGUACGGCGGGGGUCCAGCCACGCCUAUCACCUUGCAAACACCGGGGGGGAUAAUUCCUUCCGCGAAAGCCACCGCUCGUAAUGAAGAGGGAUCGAGUGAUCUCUACGUCAUUGCAGGCUCAACAUUGUAUCGUUUUGCUGCAGAUGAGCAAGAAGGUGACUUUGAGCCCUCCGCGCUUGUUACCAGCGAGGUGAUAGCUCAGACUGACACAUUGAGAGCCAUGAACCACGAUGGUGUCACGACACUAUGGGGUAGGACCGGCAGUGAUGAAGUUUACUACAUCAGUUGCGAGACAAGCCAGCUGUAUAACUCGAACGCUUGGCAGCCCCCGGUUCCUCUCCUUUCUGGAGUCGAGCGCAUAUCAACUUACAUAAACCGCGUCGAUGGCGGAAACACUAUCUUUACAUCUGGCAAUGGACGGCUCCAAAAGAUCGUGCAAGAUGACCCUACUACAGGUGGACUAUGGCGCCCACAGAACAUCAUACUAGCAAAUCCUCCAGAGGAAAAGUCCACUUCGUUCAAGUCCUAUACCACUACCAUCCACAUCGCACAGAAAGAUGCAGAACUGCCAGCUUCUAAUACAACAGUCAAGCUGUCGGCGCAUAGUCGUACACCGGUGUACAUCAAUGGCCUUUACUACGUCAUAUCGCCUGCCCCAAUACAGAUUGUGACCGAUGCAGGAGGGUCCCUCACCAUCAUUGACACAACAGAGGGGCUGAAUGAUGCAGUCUUGACACUUUCCGUGGGAGAUGAUACCGCUGUCACGAUUAAUCCCAUGAGAAAAUCUAUGGACAAGCUCACCUCGCUCAAUUCCACCUCCAAGCUACGUGACGCCCAGUUUCCCAGCAAGACAGUUGCAGGCGGAAUAGUAGGGUCGCCAGACUAUACCCGUCUUGUCGAUUAA